AGACGUUGACUGCUCAAAAUGUUUGCCAUGGGACUCCGCUUGGCACUGCUGCUGGUUCUCGGACUUUUGGGGGCCGCCUUGCGUCCUCAUGAAAUCUCCAACAGAUCAGCCGAAUCACCAGAAGAUGAAGAUGACGAUGAUGAGGAUAGUGACCCAGAGGACGAGGGCCUGGACGACCUUGUGGAAUCGAUCAUGGAAGACUUGGAAGAUGUGAAGUUCGAAGACGUUUUUCCUGAAAAGAAAAGGGAGGAGGAAAUGAUCCCAGUGGGAGAAGUGAAAUUUACUCCACAGGAAAUUGAGGAAAUGCUGGAACAUAUGCCUGAUCUGGAUGAGGAGGAGGAGGAGGAUGUCAUCACAGACGGUGACACGGAUCAAGAUCAGCCUGAUGAUGCCUGCCUGUUCUCAGCAAAAUCUGAGAAUUUGCUGGACUGGCUCCGCAUUGCCAAGCAUUCUCCAAACCACCACUGCGAGGACUUCGGUCGUCGAUUUGGUCGCUGGGGUGCCGCUGCUUGCCCCGACCUGAAAGACAUCAUUGCAGAUGUGGAAUCUGGCGCCAAAGUAGCCAGCGGAGGCAAGAGUGGCACCUCGCCACUCCGAUCUUCAAAAUUUGUUGUGAAGUUGAUCGACCCCAUUGAGCACAAAAUGCUGCAUCACUUGCUGCACAAGUUGAAAGGGUCCAGGCGCGACACUUUGCUGGCACCCACCUGUCGCAGCCUUUCCUUCAAGGUCGGGAAUGCCAUCAAAUACGUGCAGGUGUCGCCCAGCAUUUUGCUUCAUGGUGCCAAAAGCGCAAGGUGGAGAAGACUCUUCGACCUCAAAGGGAACUAUGGCUGGAAGAAUCGGGUCGCAGGCAUGAAGGAACAGGUCUGGAAAGAUGCGAACUUCCGGCACUUCUUGCCUGCAGGCUUAAAGAUCCUUGAGGUGGCGUUUCCAAAAUCCGGUGGUGGCCAUGAAUUCUAUGAAGGUGCCGAAGGUGCGAAUCGUUUCGCAAGGAUCAUUUAUCACGACGCUCGCUUGCUUGCAAGGUCCAGAUUGAUGGACUACUCGUUGCUUCUUCACUUGGUACCAGUGACCACAGGCAACAAACUUAGAGAAGGAGGGCCAGACUUCAAGGAGCUCAACACAGACAAGCCCAUGGCUACUGCGGCUGGAACGACGUCGUGUGGCUAUAGGGAUGGCCACAGGCAGCCAUUGACGAAAGCCUUCCCAAAUUUGCUGCCACAGGGGUAGCUCAAGCUGCUCCGCUCAUCGUUCC